UUAGGUGGCUAAAGCGUUCUGGAAUGUUUUUGAGGGACAACCCUCCAGAUAAUGCGUUUGAUGAUCUACCAGGCUAAUCUAGGCGGGGCCUACACAGAGACACCUUCAAUCUUGUGAUUUCACAGGUUGUCUUCUUGCUUUUUUCAGGCAAGGAGUAACUUUACUUCUCUAUCACCAGCAAAGAAUACAAGCUGUUGAUCAGGCAAGCGGCAUCUUUGUGUCACUAACAUGAAAACUUUUCUGGCUGUUACCCUCUGCUUUUUCGCUGCUUUGGAUCCUGUGAACUGCCAACGAGUUGACAGGGAGUUUCAGCCAUGGCUACAAGGUGUCAUUGCUGUUAUAGUCUUUUUGGUUCUGGCAAUGAUUGCCUUUAUCGUCAACAGAUUAUGGUGCCAGCAUAAAGAUGAUUCCAAAGAAGAAGAAAAACAUGUGUCCUUCACGGACAGGAAAACUGAAGACCCGAUCAUUUCUAAUAGCAUGGAAGGAAUAUAUUCAGCAACUGCAGCAGACUUCAGGUGUGAAGAAGGCCCUCAUGUCUAUGAAAACAAAGUUCACUUUGAGUGUGGCACCAUAACUGAAUGUCAUGCUGAAAAUCAUGCAGGAGUUCUUACCACACAUAUGUAACAUCAUUUUGGAGUGUUAUUUAUUCUCACAUUUUAAAAUCUCCCUAUCAGAUAGAUUCGUUACAAGAUGAGCCCACAACAUUUAUUAUAUAUGAUUUAAUCAAUCUGUUCAAAGACCAGUGGCCAACUAUGUUUGGGAGGCAGUAUUAACAUUUUUACAUUGGAUUUAUUUUUCUGUUACAAGUUCUGAGGUGAGCUGCACAUGUCUAACAGGUAUAAUUAAUUGACACAUAGUAUUCUCUCAUAUGUUUUUUCACCAAAGGGAGCUCACUAACAGACCUCAUUCCAUUUCAUUUUCGUUGUUGCAUAUCUUUGCAUUUUAGAACCUUUGCCAAGUUUAUUGGUAUAGAUCAGUGUUUCUCAGCCUUGGGAACUCUAAGAUGUGUGGACUUCAACUCCCA